AUGAAGGCCAGCUCAGACAGCAAGAUCCAGCUGUCACCCGUCCAAGCCAAAGCGAGCGCCCAGGCCUUCACUGCCGGCCUCGCCGCCGCCAGUGGCCGACCCGCGCGCCCGCCUCCGCCGGCUGCGGCCGCGGGGGCGCCGCAGGCCAAGCCGGCGCCGUCAAGGAGGCUGCUGCUGCAGGGCGGGGCCGCGGGCGCCGCAGGCGUCAAGGCGCUGACGCCGGGCCAGGCGUACGCGCAGCUCGUCAGCGGCGCCGCCGCGCUUGCGUCCGCGAGCGUGGCGGCCGCGCCGCUCAACGCGCCGCCCGUGCCGGCGGGCGACGCGGGCGUCUGCGUGGCGGCCGCGCUGAGGAGGGCCGGGAUGAUGGGCGGCCUGAGGGUGCCGCUCGGCUGCUCAGGCGUGCCGCGACCCGCCGAGGUGCGGGGGGCGUUUGAGGUUGGCACCUGA